CCGCCACGAUGUGGGACGUGGCCCCCCCGGACCGGCCCCCCCGCGCCAGCGCCUGCCAGCUGCACCCCCCCGGCCGCGGGCGCCGACGCGGCAGUUACACAGCCGUGCUGCGGGACCUGGCGCAGAUGCUGCCCGUGCCCCUGGCCUCCGGCGACAAGAAGCUCACCAAGAAGGAGAUCCUGCUGCAGGUCCUACGUUACAUUGAGCACCUGCAGGCCAGCAUCAGCACUGCCAAGGCCCUGCUCGAGCUCCGGCGGGCAGACAAGGAAGGGAACAGGCCUGGCCUCGUAGCCUCUCCUUCUAUGGAAGGCCCUCCAGACCGCCAGACGUUCUUGUUGCUCUUUCCUGUAACAAGGAUGAUUCAUGGGUCAGGGCCCACGGAGCCAGGGGCCCACAAGCGAGGCCACUGUGAUGGCACCCCACACCGGCAGAGGGCCCACGGCCUGGCCUCCUGCACCAAGCCCCGCAAGAGGAAGCGGGCUCACCCCCCAGAGCGGAGAGUGCCAAGCACGGCUGCACGCCAGCUCCUGGUCCAGGCACCGCACCCGGAUGCGGGUGAAGCCGAUGAGCAGCUCCCGCCAUGGUUUGACAACACCUUGGUGGAGAUUGCUGAGGACGGGGUUCCCUUCUGCGCAGCAGGCUGGCAUGUGAGCCGUGACCCCCAGGGAAGCCGGGACGCUGACCUCUGUGCCACCUGCGAGGCCCAAAUGGCAGGCAGUGAGCAACUUCGGGACCAGGACAGGCCACAGCUCUCAACACUGGGGCAGGGGCAGCAGGAGCUGGUGCACUACCAUUCCUGCUGCGAGGAGGAGGACACGGAGCCUGACGCCAGCCCCUGGCUCUCGACCCAGUCCCCUGCGUGGAGCUCCUGCGGGAGCUUGUUCCUGUGCUCCCCGGGCAGCAGAGACACCGGCCGGGCCGGCUCGGACCUGGGCUUGAGCCCCUCACUCCUAUCUUCGCCUGGACGCCUGCUCCCACACCACUUCUUGCAGGCCAGCCCCGAGGAGCUGUCUCAGGUGCUGUUCCAGGACGUGGUUCUUAGCCCACCGCCCGCCCCAGCCUCCCGGAGCCUUGCAGGGCCCCUGCAGAGAAAGGUGGCGAUCUCGCUGGACCACUGCUACCUCUCAUAUGGUGAGACGAGUAAAACCAGCUCCAGCCCCAGCCCAAAGCUUAUGUCCUGGAGCAAGCAACUCCUGCAGGGGGAUUCCCAGCACGGGCUGGACGGCUCCGAGUCCUCCGGUGAUGAGGCCGACGAUAGCACGUGGACCCCACCCAAGCGGACCAAGGCGGCGCAGGCCCCAAGCCGCAAGAGGAAGAAGUGGGUGAGCGGGAAGGCACCAACGGGCAUGGAGAAGCCCCGCUUGCCCCUGAAGAAAAAGUGCGUGAAUGGCUUCAUCAUGUUCUGCCGCUUGAACCGCAAGCAGUACAUCCGUGCCUGCCCAGGCCUGGCGUCCACCGCAGCUACCAGGGAGCUGGCGCAGCUGUGGCGUGCCAUGAGCAAGCAGGAGCGCAGGCCGUACUGCGUGCGAGCCCGGAGAUUCAGCCAGCUCAACAACCGCAUCGUGCGGCCCGACUCCGCCAGGGCCGAGGCCGAGGCUGAGGACACGGAGCCCCCGAAGCCGCUGCACGUGUUGCUGGCCGAGAAGGCCUUGGGGUCCUGGGCCCCCUCGGCCUGAUGCGGUCGCAGCCCCGCCAUCCCCCCCAGUGCCUGGGCCCUGCGGGAAGGACUGGGGCUUGAACCCCGACCCUAUUUAUUCUGCUCGUUUGCAGCCCCCUCUCCCUGCGACCCCGUUAGCGCUGGUAUUGCCACAGCUUGCAGGGCAGCAGGCUUGGGGCGCCUAAGGCCUCUGGGCCGGUGCUAGCCCCCUGCCAGGGGCUGUGGGCCUGCGCACCCCGCGGAGCCUGGCCAGCGCCCCCAGGCCACGCCCUGUUGGUUUUGAGCAGUUCCCGGCUGCCACGUUGAGCUAUUUAUUGGGUUUCGAAUAAAAGUGAGCGGGA